AUGGAGACCGUGGCCGGCGCACUCUUCCAAAGGUUUGAGAAGCGAGUGGCAGGUCUACAGGAUCUGGCCCGUCUGAACAACUUUUACCCCCAGCUGCUGCAAGCCGGAUGCCUGGGAUACUCCCGAGCCCUCUAUCUCAUCUCCACCCUGCACCGGACUGGCUUGGGACUGCCCUUGGACUCCACCAAGACCCUGAAAUUUGGCCUUCUCUCCGCCCAGGCGGACGAUCGUCUUUCCGGAAUGCAGCUGGGCCACAAACACCACCUGGGGGUGGAUGGACUUCCUGUGGACCACGACCUCUCUUACGCCUACUACGCCAAUGUUGCAGCCCAGACCGUAGCUGACCGGGAGCUGUCCAGGGAGGGGCAGGCCUUUGUGGAGCACAUCCGGCUGAUUGACGAGGACGCCCUCAAGCUGCAGACCAAAGAGAACGAUGACCUCUUUGUGUGGCUGAGGUUCCAGGCUCGGAGAGGCAUGGCCGAGGCUCAGCAAGCGGUGAGCAGGAUGUUGUUCUGGGGGCAGCAAGGAAUCUCCAGCAAGCUGAAGGAAGCGGUGAAGUUCUACGAGAAAGGAGCCGCUCGGCUCAAAGACCCCACCCUGAUGUACGACUAUGGAGUGGUGCUUCUGAAGGGCCACGGAGUGAAGCAGGAUAUCCCCAAAGCUCUGGACUUGCUCAAUCAGGCAGCGGAGCAGCUCUCACAGCCUUGGGAUGGUAUUACCAGGUCUUUGAGAAUGACUACAGGAGGGCCGUGGAGUUCUGGGAGAAGGCCGACGAGAUGGGGGACCCCGUGGCCCCCUCCAACCUCGGGGCCUUCUAUGCCUACGGCCAGUACCCGGGGAAAGACAGAGAUGAGGUUUCCCGAGAGCCUUUAUCUGAAUGACGAAGAGGGAUGGUUUGUCCUGGGGGACUCCAAGUACAUCCUGGGGGUGCAGGGAUUUUUCGGCCCCUCCAGCUACUACAGGAGCAGCACCCAGGCCUCAUUGCAGACUGAACCACCAAAGCUCUUGCAACACCUGGAUCUGCCCCAGUGGUUUGCCACGUGCCAAAAGUUUAAGGACGCUGUUUUUGCCCGGCUGCCUCUCUACCAACUCCAGCGAGCUUGGAAGCUUUGGCAAGAAACAUGCCAUCCCGAAUACGAGGCUCUUGCUGUGCAGCAGAGGACAAGUUCUCCUGGGGAGCCACGCUGUUGGCAGUGGGAAGCCCCGUAUCCCCGCCGGCGAGCAGCCGUAUACACCCUUCUGCAGCGGGCAGUUUGGAGAAGAGGUGACCAGUUCGUGAACAUGGAGACCGUGGCCGGCGCACUCUUCCAAAGGUUUGAGAAGCGAGUGGCAGGUCUACAGGAUCUGGCCCAUUUGAACAACUUUUACCCCCAGCUGCUGCAGGCCGGAUGCCUGGGACACUCCCGAGCCCUCUAUCUCAUCUCCACCCUGCACCGGACUGGCUUGGGACUGCCCUUGGACUCCACCAAGGUACCUCUUCAUGGGGCUGGUAUCACACUGCCCUUUUAUUCGCUAGAGUGCCCGUUGUGCACGCAGGUUCAGUUCCUGGCAUCACCGGGCUGCAGGCGCUGA